UACGAGUUGCGCAGUGGCAGAAUUUGUGUGGGCAGGAAAUUUCGGCCAUCUUGGAACUAAGUUUGUAAUGAGUUGAGGUGGAAAACCAGGGGUUUACAUGUUUAUUAUUGGAUUCUGCACCAUACCAAUGGGUGUAGUGGGGAAAGGUGUGUUGGAGAACACUUCCUGGCUUCCAUGGUAAGAGGAAGUGGAAAGUGGGACCUAACUGGCCACACCACUUCCAUUUCUUCCUGGACCCGCUGUUGCCGCCACCUCUCAUUCCUAUCUGUGCAGAGAGUGCAGCAAUGUCCUCAACCAUGAGAACGACAUUACAGACUGUGCCUGAAUCCCUGCCAGCUGACCAUGUCAGCAAUACAAAGACGUAGCAGCACCGUUCGUGACGGGCGCUGCCGAGUGAACUGGCUGGAGAAGACGGCCUUCGAGAUCUGCCUGGGGAACAGCGCCAUCUUGUGCUGGGCGGCAGCUCCGGUGUCGUGUCCUUCUAUGGUGCUGGCCUGAGUAACGUUCGCCCGUAACAGGGCCUGGAUCACCGAGGUAUUACUACUUGGCAGCCACAAAAACCGCGCUGCCAGUUCAGUGAGGCCGGUGGCGUUCAGUUUUCGUUGCCGUUGCGUGUAGCGUCAUCGGGCUGCAGUGCACCGUCUGGCGACCGUGUGAAAUGCUCUUGUCCGCAGGAGACUCUGCAGUGAUAUUUGGAAAUCGCGUAGAUAGUUACUCUCCAGAUUACAUUAGUUUCUCUCUUUCGCCGGACCUUAAAAAAACUGUGAAACUUGUUCAUUCUUAGCAAGUCCUGACAUUGUAACACACUGUUCCUAAUGUUACAUUUGAAGAGUGCUAGCGCUGGCGGAGUUUUGUGAGUGAUUCUGACAUUGCUUCGUAUUGCGUGAGAAGACAUUUAAUCGCUCCAGGUUUUGUUAUAUUGACAUUGAAUUUUCGUAUGCGGUAUUUUUAGUGACGUAAGUACUGUGUAGCAGUGAAUUAUUUUUCACGGUGUGCACAGGCGUUAUUAUUGUCGGCAGUUUCUUGAUCAUAAUUUCGAAGCCAGUGGUGGGAAUUUCCGGUGUCUCCGAGUGUAGUGUUUAUAAUGUGCUAGAGAAUGAAGUACAACGCAGAGUGAGAGACUCGCGAACUGAAAAUGGGGGACGUAGAACUUCGUAGCAAGUUGGUUCCGGGACGGCUGUCACGUCCCGCCUCUCAUUCGGAAGAUGUCCGCCAGCACCGCCACGUGGACGACGUGGGGUGCGCUCCUCUGGGCCGUACGCCUGAAGUAGAACGGCUGGCCGAGGCUGCAGCGGAGGCGACCCGCGGAGCGGACGCGGACGACUUGCCGCCCCCCGCGCCCUUCACCAGGCGCGCUUCCGACCGGCCGCGCUACCGGCCCGCCGAGCUGCCGCGCCCGCCUCCCAGGGCCCGCGCGCCGGCCGCGCCGCCCAGCGUCGCACAGACGGGUGAGAGUGCGUCAUCAGCGAGUCGUGUAUCAUCGCGCAGCCGUACAGCCGAUGAGCCACAUAUUGGAAAGUACAAGUUGCUCAAGACCAUUGGAAAAGGAAAUUUUGCCAAGGUCAAAUUGGCCAAGCAUGUGCCCACUGGAAAAGAGGUAGCCAUAAAAAUAAUUGAUAAAACACAGCUGAACCCUGGAAGCCUGCAAAAGUUAUUCAGAGAGGUUAGGAUAAUGAAAAUGCUAGACCAUCCAAACAUAGUAAAAUUGUUUCAAGUGAUUGAAACCGAAAAGACUCUGUACUUAGUGAUGGAAUAUGCAAGUGGAGGGGAAGUUUUUGACUAUUUGGUCCUGCAUGGUAGGAUGAAAGAAAAAGAAGCCAGAGCCAAAUUUAGACAGAUUGUUUCUGCUGUGCAGUAUUGUCAUCAGAAGAAAAUCAUCCACAGGGAUUUGAAGGCUGAGAAUUUGUUGCUGGAUAGCGAAAUGAACAUUAAAAUAGCUGAUUUUGGAUUCAGCAAUGAAUUCACACCUGGGAACAAAUUGGACACUUUCUGUGGCAGCCCACCAUAUGCUGCACCAGAACUUUUCCAGGGAAAGAAGUAUGAUGGACCAGAAGUUGAUGUGUGGUCUCUGGGUGUGAUAUUAUAUACAUUAGUGAGUGGAUCACUGCCAUUUGAUGGCUCUACGUUGAGGGAACUUAGGGAAAGGGUGCUGCGGGGAAAAUACAGGAUACCUUUCUACAUGUCAACAGACUGUGAAAAUUUACUCAAGAAAUUCCUGGUACUAAAUCCUGCUAAAAGGGCAUCAUUGGAAAACAUAAUGAAAGACAAGUGGAUGAAUAUGGGUUAUGAAGACGAUGAGCUUAAGCCAUAUGUCGAACCUGAGCCAGACUUCAAGGAUCUGAAAAGGAUAGAAGCCUUAGUUAGCAUGGGCUACACCAGAACUGAAAUUGAAGAGAGUUUAGCAAAUGCAAAAUAUGAUGAUGUUUUUGCAACGUAUCUUCUCCUUGGAAGGAAGUCGUCAGAUCCUGAAAGUGAUGGUUCGAGAUCUGGAAGUUCUUUGUCACUUCGUAAUAUUCCACCAGCUGUGACCCAGGGUAAUGCACAGUCACCUUCUCAUGGGCACCGUGGUGUACAUCGAUCAAGUUCAGCAACGAAUGCCAAACCUAGCCGGAGAGCGUCCUCUGGUGGUGAAACUUUGCGUGAGUCACCAGCUACUGCUGCUGGGGGGGCUCCAACUGGCACACCUAAUGUGAGCAACCAUAAUCAUGCACCAACGAGUAAUUUCAAGCGUCAAAAUACUGUAGACUCUGCAACAAUAAAGGAGAAUACAGCGCGAAUAAAUUCAGCAAGUGCAGCAACGCGCCCAGCCCCUCCAAAAAAUACGGCGGCCAUUCCAGUAUUAGAUUCAAGUGCAACAAGUGGAGCAAGCCCAGGGAAACCUCGAAGUGUCACAAAAUCUAAUACUAUGUCUGGUAAUCGUGCGCUUACUCCUGGUGGUUCUGUGGGCCGGAGAACAACGUUAAGUUAUGAAGCAAAGGCUGCUUCCAAUGAAAAGACAAAUGCUACCAUUGAGAGUCCCAGCACGUUGGGGGCAGGAGACAGCUUGCCGGUAGCUGUUCGAUCGGCCAAGGGCCAUAUCAAGUCUGCGUCCAUCUCAACAUCUGGCAGGGCCGAACAUGCGACCUUAGAAACCCCUAUAGAUCCUCUCAGGCAAAGCACGGGAGUGAGUAGUGGAGCAGGCACGGGUGCUGGUGGAGGAGGAGUGACCAUGGUAACAACUGGUGGUGGUCGUGGACCACCAGUUUCUCCGGCUGUAAGCAACAGACAGCCGUUCCCUCGCAAUGUCCCAAGUCGCUCAACGUUCCACAGUGGACAGAAUCGUCGUAACCAUACGGCUGCUGCGUAUGGGCUAGCCACUCCUCUCCAAACGCAAGACACGUCUGCAAUUACCCAUUCGGGCAGGACAUCAUCAUUCUUUUCUAAAUUAUCCUCCAGAUUUUCUAAGCGACCCAUGGAUACGGUCCCUAAACAUGUAGUUAGCAGCACUGUCAAUGAUGAUCAGGUUAAACCUCGAUCAUUAAGAUUCACGUGGAGUAUGAAGACAACGUCAUCAAGGGACCCAAAUGAAAUAAUGGCAGAAAUACGAAAGGUAUUGGACGCUAACAACUGUGAUUAUGAACAACGUGAACGCUUCCUUUUGUUGUGUGUGCAUGGUGAUCCAAACACAGACUCACUUGUCCAAUGGGAGAUAGAAGUGUGUAAACUCCCUCGACUGUCCCUUAACGGAGUAAGAUUCAAGCGUAUCUCUGGAACAUCGAUUGGUUUCAAGAAUAUUGCAUCGAAGAUAGCGAAUGAACUGAAGCUGUGACUACCCGUUCUAGAGGGUGGCUGUAGUGAGGAUGAAGGUGGAACAGCACCUCAUUCCACAUCAACAGCUCCCUCAAGAGGCUGACGAUGGAAACUUGGCCCACGGCGGCCAUGGCGAUUCAGGCGAUAAUCUGUGGAGCCAUUUGAAGAUGAAUGCUUGCCCCCCCACCCCUGCAGCUCAACCAGUAUAAUGCUUGAAUAUGUAGAACACCACUUCCUUACUUCAUGGAGCAGUCAGUAGCCUCUGUACAGUGUUCAAAGUUCGGCUUUUUAUUUUUAUUUUUUCUGCCCUUCGGUAGUGUGAUGAUGUGGCUUAGGCAAGAAAUGCAUUUCUUCAUGAAGCAGGAUUUGGAACUUUCAUCCAUUAAUGGCUCAGACUUGUAUAUACUCAAUGAUCCAUGAAAAUAAUCUCUUCCAAAGUGCUCUGUUUUCACAAUUUAUUUAUUUUCAUUCUGUAAAUAUUUCAGUUACCUUCAGAAUCCAAUCCACAUUUUCUACAGUCCUUGAGAUUUCACCUAAAGAUUUUAUACAGUUGGAACAUUUUUCAGUAAUUGUAUGAAAUUAACAUAAAAUUGACAUGAAAUUUAGUGUAAAUGAACUUAUUCAUUUGUAGGUCUAAUGUUGUAAUAGUCACACAUUUGCUGUUUUAUAUUUGGCACCAUGAAAUCAAUGGGGCUGUUGAUCUCAAAUAUUCGUCAUGUACAUAGUGAUUUUGGGAAAUAACAGCAAUUUUCCACUGUUUUGCAGCAUCAUGUUGUAAGCAAGGCUGAAGCUCUGAAAUAUUUGUAAGAUAAUAAAGACUCACAGUGUAA